GGUGCCAGUGAAUUCAUGAAUUCCCCGCACUGUUUUCAAAUCAAUUGACGAUGACAGUCGGCGAACAAAGGCUUUCUUCGGGGUUUAAUAAGAUCACCGUCCAGGAUGAUCCCCGGGCACUACUCCCCCUGCUCAAAUCCCAGCUGCCUCAUUCGAUUCCUCUCCUCCGGCGUCUGCAGCACAACCUGGCAUUCCCGUCAAAGACGGCCAGACUGCUGACGACGUUUCCAGGGGUCGAGCCUCCCUCUGGACCAUGGCUGGCUGCGUAUGUGGAUCUUCCACGUGGGCGAGAGACGCAGAUGACCCUCUAUUCGAGUCUCGAGCGGGAGUCUGUUGAUGAUGAUGACAAGGAUCCUGCUGUCAUCUCCACUCUCCACGGUCCCCCCGAAACUCUAGCGCUGGCUCGCGCACAACUAUUGGCCUUGCUCUCGUAUACCAAGUCAGCGUUGUUGCCGGGGUACCUGGCCUCUCUUACUGCCCCAAGCGCAUUUCUCAUUGGAAACCUGCAUACUGGCCUCAUGGCCUUGCUGAAGCAGUCGGGGAUUUACACGGACCCGGAGACGGUACCAGGUAUCCGGAUCCACCGCUACGAUAAUCCCCCAUAUGUCAAGUACCUGUUUCGGACUGUGCACUCGCACUCACCAUCUAGAAAGCUAGAUACAGGACUACCACCCGGGUAUCGGUUCCAGGACCGUCAAGGGCGAAUGGGAGUCCUCCCACACCACUAUGCGCUGGUGCGUAGCCGGACGCAUCUGCCCCGUUCGGACGAGACACUGUCCAGGAUCCCGGGAGUGGCUGUGUAUGUUGAUCGCCCUGGAGAGGGGGAGGAGACACCCAUCGCGUGGGUCUUUCUCGGCCUUGACGGGAGUUUGGCGACAUUGUUUGUUGAGCUAGAGCAUCGCGGCAAGGGAAUCGCUGAAGCGCUUUCGCGCGGGCUGAUGCAACGUGGGAUGGCGGAAGGAGGGAUCUGGCGGGAGGUUGGCGAAGAAGGUGAGGUGUGGGUUCAUGCGAAUGUGCUUGCGACGAACGGGGCCAGUCGGCGGGUUCUGGAGAAACUGGGAGGAGAGGUUGGAUGGACGAAUACGUGGACGGUGGUCGAGUUGCAGAGCUGAUAGAAUCAUGCAGAAGCAGAUGACUUCCAGCUAUGCUGUCCUUUUACAGACAAUACUUGGACGAUGGUCCUGUUUCAUAUUAGGGCAACGGUAGAGAAGCAAUCCUAAAUCAGAUAAC